AUGUCUAACCUAAAUGAAAAUGACAAAUAAUUAUAAAAAACCAAAUCAAGAUGGGUAUUAAUGAGAAUACAUAAUUAGGAAACUUUAAUAUAGAAUAUCACAAAAAAUAAACAAAAAGAAAGCAAUAUAAUAGGUUAUAAGCAUCAGAUUUUCAAAUCAAUUUAAAAGAAUAAAUCACAUUUAAAAAAGAGAAUUUAAUAACCAACACAAACAAUCAAUUAAUAUUUAAAAAUAUCAAAAUAAAAAAUAUGCUAUUUUUUAAAACUGCAAGAUUCUCAAGGAUUUAUUAAAGAAUUCAGAUGUUAUGAUGAUAAAGUAUUAAACAUUCCUAAAUCUUGUAAUUAAAUUAUUGCCCAUGUAAAAAAUAUAUCUACUUUUAGUCUCUAGAUAAUGAUUGUUAAUCAGAUGAUGAACAAGUUUAAUAGGCAGUGGAUCAGCUAAAAUAUUUACUUGAAUCUUAAUUAAAUUAAUAUAAAAAGUCUUUUUGA